AUGGUACUGAACUAUCAGAAUAUCGGGACGCGGACGAUUCCGGGCUUUCCAACAAACAGAUCGCUGAAUCAAGAAUCGCUACCGGCAGAUACAUCAGUUGAAGGAGCUUGUAUUGAAGCACGACUGUCCCCAACUGUCAUGUCUCCUCAAGAAAAAGCUGCGUUUCCGGAAUACGCAGCGAGAAACGCAAAUAUCUACCUCGCGCUACGGAACAGAAUUUUGAUGCUUUGGUUCAUCAACCCUCAGAGAGAAGUGACAGUAGAAGACGCUGCGAAAAUCAUGGAAAGAGAAGAAUUGAUGAAUUCCGAGCUGUUGGCCGGUAUCUGGUUCUUUCUCUCCCGCCGCGGCAUCAUCAAUCACGGCGUUUUUGAAGUCAAGGGUAGCGACCAUGCGAAGCACACGAAUGUAAAGGGAAAGAAGAUUUUGGUGGUCGGCGGGGGCAUUUCUGGGAUCGCCUGCGCCAAUCAUCUAAAGUACUUGGGAUUUGAAGUGAAAGUAGUCGAAGCAAUGGAGCGCUUUGGCGGGCGAGUUCUUUCCCUGCGGAUGAAAAACGGAAGGGGCGAAGCUGCAACUGCUGAUUUAGGUGCAAUGAUCGUCACAGGCCUUCCUGGCAAUCCAAUAAAUACGCUAUCCAAACAGUUCAAAAUCGACCUAAAGAAGAUAAAGAAUGAAUGUCCUCUGUAUGUUGACGGAAAAGAAAUCACAAAAGCAAUAGAUACGAAGAUCGAAACUGUGUUUAACAAAAUUCUAGAGGCCGUCGCGAAGGUGAAAAAAUCCGACAAGCUGAAGGACAGAGAUGUUUCUCUCGGAGCAGUGGUCGAAAAAGUCCUCGAAAAUCAGCGAAGAGCAUGCACCGAAGCUUACAUUAACCAUCAAAAACGCAUCGAGAAGAAACACGAGCAUUUGUACUCGCUGGAAACUGAAGGGAGCAAGUUGAUCAUGCAAAUUGCCGAAACGAAUCAAGAAAUCAUCGAACUCGAGCAGAAGGAUCGAGAAGCCACGGAUAACAAUACAAAGUGCAUCUAUAUCUAUCACAUAAACAAGACCAAGGUUGAGCUGGAGAAUUUCAUCAAGAAGUUUCGAGAAAUUGAGAAAAAGAAGGCGACAAUAACGGACGAAAUCAAACAAUUAGAGAAGAAUCCGCCACCAGCAGAAUUCCUCAAUUUCUUCGAAUACCGUCUUUUAUAUUGGCACAUUGCAAAUCUCGAGUAUGCAAACUCUGCUGAAAUCAACGACCUUUCGCUCAAAAACUGGGAUCAAGACGAUGCUUUUGAGUUUCCUGGUCCUCACUUCGCCGUAAAAGACGGCUACGACACGGUUAUUCAUAGCCUUGUUGAUCAUGCCAAGGGUGUACCUCCUCCUGGAAUGCCGAAGAAGAACGGAGAAAAUUCGGGACAUGGUCAAACGAAAGCUGUCGAAUUCCAAUGGGGUCACAGUGUGAGGAAAAUCGAAAUGAAAACGAACAAGACUGCAGUAACCCUUCGCGACUUGAGCAAAGAAAAACAAGGACAAGAGAACACGAAUCAGGAAGGCGAAGACGACGCAGACACCACGGAAGAAUUCGAUGCUGUUGUUUGUACCGUUCCUCUGGGAGUUCUCAAGGCGGAAAAGAUUGACUUUAUCCCCCCGCUUCCGGAAUUCAAAAAAGCUUCGAUCGAGCGACUUGGUUUUGGAAAUUUGAAUAAAAUAGUGAUGCACUUUGAAGAUCGAUUCUGGGACGACCGAGUUGACAUGUUUGGAACCAUUGGACCGACUCCAAACUCCCGUGGAGAGUUUUACAUGUUCUGGUCGUUGAACAAGAAGGAUCCAGUUCUGGUUGGAAUGUUUGCAGGUAGCUCGGCGGAUAUAGCGGAAACAGUUUGUAAGGAUGUCGUUAUUCGACGAGCGAUGAUGCUCCUCAAGGAAAUUUUUGGUCAAGGAAAGGUCACUUUUACCAAGCUGAAAAGAUCGGAAGUGACGGGAUGGAAGCGCAAUCCGUUUAUUCGAGGAGCGUAUUCGUACAUCAAAGUCGGCGCAUCAGGACGCGAUUAUGACAUGCUGUCACUGCCAGUCGAAAACGAGAAUACUGGAAUUUUCUUCGCAGGGGAGCACACUAUGCGAAAGUAUCCAGCAACUGUCCACGGGGCUUAUUUAUCUGGUCUUCGAGAGGCUGGCCGAAUCGCCGAUAAAUUCGGAAAGGCGUUUUAUCGGACCAAUACUUCAGAAAAAGACGACACUUGA